AUGGGAGAGAGCAAACGCGCUCCAUGGCUAAAACUGUUUUUUUUUUUGAAUUUUUCCCUUAACCAAUGCCUCUCCCGGACACACACAAUCGCCGAGAUUCAAGCAGUUCUUCCUGGAAAUCUCGAAGAUUUGGAUCAUUCUGUCAUGGCCGCGCUAUUCCAGAAAACGCUGUCUCAUCAUGCGAUUUAA